CGUCCAAACACUUUGGAUACUACUCCUAACCUUCGCACCUGGUCAGAGCUCCCUCAUGAUUUGCUGAGAUCUAUUUUUGAACGAUUGAGUUUUUCGGAUUUACAUCGUACUAAGUUUGUGUGUUCGAACUGGAAUUCGAUUUCGAAACAAACAGUUCCCCAGCAAAACAGAUCUCCAUGGCUAAUGCUAUUUCCAGAUGGAGACGAUGGUUGCCUGUUGUACAAUCCAGAGGAAUACAGGAUUUACAAAUCCGUAAGAGACUUCUCAGGGACUAUGUUCCUUGCAAACUCGGGUAAUUGGUUUCUUGUGAUGGAUUCUAAAUCCAAUCUCUAUAUCAUAGAUGUGUUUAGCGAGAAUAGGAUCGAUCUUCCGCCUCUAGAGUCGUUCCAGUCAGAUUAUUUUACCCUAGAGCGACUAGGAGAUAAGAAAUUCAAAUUGCAAGUAACUGAUCACCAUGAUGGUCAUGUUUUUUACACAAUAGGCGAAGUUUUAAGAGGUCUUUUGUGGGUAGACAAGAAAACAAAAGAGUUUGUUGUAGUUUGGUUCUUCGAUUACAAUUGCAAAUUUCUAGCCUAUUGCAAGAAAGGUGGUGAUCAUUACAGUUACAUUGAGAUAUGUUACUUCCUCCCGGAGUAUCGAGGUGUAUCAGAUAUGGUACUCCAUGGUUACUUUCUUUAUAUCGCUACGCCUCGUGGUUACAUUCGAUUCCUUGAUUUGUCUAAACAAGAACGUUUCGAGGAGGUUACUGGAAUUUACCCAUUGAAAUGGUUUAAUCCAUGUUAUUAUAAAACCAAUUGUAGCAUUGUGGUUACAACAGCAGGAGAGGUUUUAAUGUUCCAGAACAACCUUGACAAGAAAAACAUUGAAAGUGAUAAGAGCUUCCGACUCUACAAGCACGGUCCUAAUGAAAUUAAUUACUACGACCCGCCGCUUGUUGAGGUAGAUUCUCUAGGAGAUGAAGAGGCUCUGCUUCUUGACUUGGGUAUCACUAUGCCUGGUAUCGAACCAAACUCCAAAGACCGUGUUUUACACCGUCAGGAUAUAAACCUGCACAUCUGUGUGUUCAAUCUCGAAACCAAGACCCUCAAACGCUUCCCUAGGCUCUCCAACUUGAAGCUCAAAGAUGCUCGAUGGUUUCUCCCUGGGAUUUGAAAUUUACCAAAUUUUCCU